UAGAAAGUAAUUGAUUAAUUAUUAUUAUUAAUGAUUCAAGAGAAUAGAGAUCAUUAUGGAUUUCCAAAGCAUAAUAAUCAACAACCAACUAAAGAGGAAAUGCUUAAGACAAAUGCAAGGAUAGAAAAAUGGAGAAAAAUGAUUCCAAAGAUUCCUUAAUUAAUGGCUAACAAUGAUGAUAAACUUAAAUCUCGUUUAAGAAAAGGAAUACCUGAAGGUAUUAGAAUGCUCAUUUGGCCUUGUCUAGCUGAAAUAGAUCAAAUGAAAAUAUAAGCAAAAGUAUAUAAUAUUGAUAUUUAUAUAUAAAAGAGAACAUAUAAAGAGCUAAUAGAAUCUUAAGAAAUAUCACCACAUGAUAGUUAAAUAACUUUAGAUGUUAUGCGUACAUUCUAAACUAAUGAUUUAAUAAAAAUGGAUACAAUUACUAGUCAAUCUCUUUUCACAGUAUUAAGAGCAAUUAGUCUUACAUUUUAAGAUAUGGGAUAUUGUCAAGGAUUAAAUUAUUUAGCAGGCUCUUUUUUACUAUUGAUGAAUGAUGAAUUAGUCUAUUGGCAUCUUUAUAGUUUACUAACUAAAUAUGGUUGUCUUGAUACAUAUAUUAAUCCUUCAAAUACAUUAAAAUAUUUUUAUGCCUUAGAUAUUUUAGUUAAACAAUUCUUACCUGAAAUACAUGCUAAAUUUAAUAAAUUUAAUAUUGUCCCAUUUUAUUAUGCAGCAGAAUGGUAAUUAUUUCAAUAAAUUUUAAGGUUUAUUACUCUUUUUAGUUCUAUUCUCCCUAUGCAAAUCUUUCUAAGAGUAACUGAUAUAUUUUGGCAUGAACAUCAUAAAACUACUUUUAGAGCCUCUUUAGCUAUACUUAAAAUUAGAAAAGAAGAAAUUUUACUUGUAAUUUUAUUAUUAAUUAUUUAUAUUAAUAGGCUAAAUCCAUGGAAUAAGUUAUUGCUAUUCUCAAAGAUUAGAAAUUCUUUAAUAAUUAUGAUCCAGACAAAUUCAUUAAAAUUGCCAUGAAGGAUUUUAUUUUUUCGAAAAAAGAUCUUCACAAAUAUUAUGAUCAAUUUGCUGCUUCCUAAAAGAAAUGA